AAUAGAAAGUAAAAUCUAAUAGGCUCUAUAUUCAGAUUCAAGUCAUAUCAACAUAGAUAAAGGUUGAUGGCAUAUGACGAGUACAAUAUAGCGACAAAUUUUGAUACUAUAUAAGAAAAUGUCAUAUAACGGAAUAGGGUUGCAAACUGCCAGAGGAUCGGGGACAUCUGGUAGAGUUCAAAAGAACUUAACUACAUCAAAAGGCUCAUCAAAAGGUCAUUAUGAAUCUCGAAAACAGAAGAAAGUAUUAGAUAAAGUAAAAGAGGCAAAGAUCGAAAAUGAUAUAAAUAAGGAAAAGGCUAAGCAUGAUAUCUUACAACAUAAUUACAAACGAGAAAUCGAUUUAAAGUGUGCUGAGCUAAGGGACAAGCUAGAGGAUGAAAGUGAAGAUGAAGAAACCAUAUUAGUCAAGUUAGAUGAAUUGCGUAAGAAGUUAACGCUGAAAUUGCUAACUACAAAGACUAAAGAAAAUUCCAUAGAAAAACCAGAAAUGGAUGAAAAGGUUAAUAAGUCAGAAUCAGCUACAUAUGCUCCACGAUAUCCAAAAUUAAAUAAAGAUAAGAGGAGUGUACGAUGAACUUUGUAUUUAAUAGAUUUAUAUAUAGAUA